UUUUUUGAAGGCGGAGAGUUGCUGGUUGCUUCCUUUUCGGCAGAUUGUAAGGCGACCAGGUGCGUAGGUGCCGGCAUCCGCGCGGUAACCGCCCGGCCGUCCAGCAGAGGAGAUCACCUGGGUUGUCAUGGGCCACGCCGCCUCGUCCGAGUUGCCUGACGGGGAACUUCUGAAUUAUGUCUCUAUGGUCCUGGGGGUGUUACUGUAUCUAUUUAUUAUAUAUAUCUCUGUACCAUUGACAGUUCGACUAUUCCCUCCAGUAUUAAGAAAAUUCGUCUACCUCAAUUUUUUGGCUUAUCCUUUUGGAGUAGAUUAUCAUAAACCUGAGGUAUUUGUAAAGCGUACCAAAAACUUCUAUCUUACUUCUGAACCAGGAGUCACUGUUGGUAUUUGGUAUGCUCUAGCAGGCAACAGAUGGGAAGAAGCUGAAGGAAAAGACUUCAGCUGGUAUGAAGAGGCCCUCGCAGAUGAUAACCCCAUCAUCAUCUAUCUCCAUGGCAAUGGGGGUACCAGGGCAACAAGUCACCGAGUUAAUUUCAUGAAGGCAAUGAGUGGUGGUGGCUUCCAUGUCUUGGCUUUGGACUACAGAGGCUACGCAGACUCUACGGGUAACCCUAGUGAAAAAGGCUUUACAACAGAUGUUCUCUGCCUUUACAACUGGGCGAAAGCAAGGAGUGGAAACAGCCCAAUCAUCUUCUGGGGACAUUCCCUGGGCACUGG